AUGACACACAAGACCGGGUCGUGCAUGGUGGCAGGGCUGUUGGUGGCCGUGGUGGCGGUGACUAUGCUGGCUGGACCGGUGGUCGGGCAGCACGCGCAUUGCUCCAUGACGGUGACUUGGGCUGGUACUGGGUGUGCGACUGCAUACGGACUGAUCAAGGACGAACUGACGGUGUUCAACCAUCCAGAGCUGGGCGAGCACAACUACACGCUGGUGUCGGCCGAUCCUACCCCGCCGCAGUCGCUGACCGGCCAUCACACCUCGCCUGUCCAUCACUAUGUCGACGAUCUCUCCUUCAAGUUCUCUGCUCAUGGCUCCGGCUCGGGUUGUGUCAUGGACGGCUCCUCGCACUCGACGCCCGUCUCGGUUUACGACUACGAUACUAACUUUUGCAACAUGUGGAACCUGGUCCGCUUUGGUCCGUCCUUUGACUACUCGGUCUCCGACUGCCUCUUCCAUCCCGCAAAGGGCGAGGAGGCUGCAAAGUGCAACAAGUACUGAUCGCUCCAUGCAGCCAUCCGCUCGCACCUUGCUGAUCUCUCUCUCACACACUCACUCUCUCUCUAUCUCUCACUCAAGCACAUAUGCACCGAUUUCUCAUCUGGUCACAUUAAAAACAGUCUUCAGCCACA